AUGAAGGUUGCAAUUGCAGGUGCCGGUGAUGUGGCCAAGUACCAAACAGAAGAGUUAUUGAAGAAGUCUAUCGACGUUGUCGUGUUGUCAAGGAGUGACAAGGAGUGGUUUCACGGCAAGAAGGGUGUGGAAUUGAGAAUCGUUGACUACAAUUCCGUCGAGUCGCUGACCGAGGCUCUCAAGGACUGUGAUGGCUUGGUGUCGAUGAUCUUGGAUUACUCGAUGUAUUUCGCCACACUGCACUUGAACCUUAUCGAAGCUAUGCUCAAAACGGAAAAGUGCAGAAGAUUCAUUCCUUCGGAGUACGGUGCUGACCUGGUCAAGUAUCCUGACCAGCCAAAGUUUUACUACCCAAAUCACAACCCCGUGAGAGAAAAGUUGAGAUCACUCAACGGCCAAAUUGAGUUUGCGUUGAUCUGCUGUGGAUGGCUCAACGACUAUUUCAUUCCCUCCAAAAACAGAUACAUCAAGGAUCUGGACGACGGUUUCCCAACCAACUUGCAGACACGCACGGCCGUUAUCCCAGGUACUGGGGAUGAAGGAGUUGCCUUCAUCUCUGCGAGAGACCUGACCAAGUGUAUCACCAAUUUGUUCAAGACUACCGAGCCAUGGGAGGAAUUUAUAUAUGUCGCUGGUGAAACCACUACUUGGAACACUGUUGCCAAGACGUACUAUCCGGGUCUUGAUUUCAAGAUCACCUAUUUGUCAGUGUCCGAAUUGGUGCAAAUGAUUGUCGACGGUACUCAGGAGAAGGAUGACUUGAAGGUUAUCAACGCCGAGUACCAACUGGUGUCCCCAACAAACUCACUGCUCUUGCCAGCAGAUAAGCUCGCGGAGCACAGAGCCAAGUAUUUCUCAGAUAUCCACUUCAGAACGAAUCUAGAAAUGAUCAAGAUCGCUAAUGAAUCGCCAGAUCUAAUUGUUUGA